AUGUAUUGUUAGACCAAGAGAGCUUUAUUUUUUUCAGUGUAACUGAUUUGGAUGCAUGUUGUAUUAUUUGCUAUGCUUAUUGUUUCUUUCAGAUCACCAAGAAGUUGAGCGGGCCUGCGAAAGGCACAGCACAGUGGCUUACCUCAGUGGGCAAUGAGAUAGGUCAGGUGCUGAUGAGUGUCCUGACUGCGAAUGAAGGGGCUGGGUUAGACCUCAUGGCUGCAGGGCUCAUGGAGCGAUACCGGAGUGCUGGUGUUGAUCCUCCCACUAUCAUUUAUGUGGACUGUGAUUGUUGCAAGAAAGUGGGAGAGACUAAAUUGAAGAGGCGGUUCAGCGGCUGGCCAGAUGUCAUCGUCCGCCUAGACAUUUGGCAUUUUAUGCGACGUCUGGCAGUAGGGUGCACCACUGACGCCCACCAGUUGUACCCUACUUUUAUGGCAAGGCUGUCAUCCUGUAUUUUUGAGUGGGAUGCAGGGGAUCUCACUCUGCUGAGACAGGCCAAAAGGGAGCAACUCAUCCAACAGGGCUGGCCUACUCUGUCGGAGGCAGAACUGGACCAUCAUUUAACUAAAGCUGAGCUGCUCCAGCACUGCAGGAGGAGAACACGGGGAGAAGAAACCACUUUCCGCCUCCUUGAUAUGCUCAUCAGAGAGCUCAUGGGUGGCAAGGGGAAUGAUGCUCUUGGUGUUCCUCUACUUGACAGUGUGAGAAUGCAGCACAUCUGGAAUGUCCAGAGGCGGCACAUCACCUGUAUCCAAGACCCUCCAAAUGUGCCGCUCUAUACUGAAACUGGAACUACAAGCAAGGGUGGGGUGGUUCUAAAAACUUAUCGUUGUGCCAGAGGCUCCACAUCCCUGGAAUCAUUUCACUGCCACCUAAACAGAUUUAUUCCAGGGAACAGCGCAAACAGCCUGAACUUCCAGAUUUAUCUCCUGGAAGGUUUAUUACGCUGGAAUCAGGACCGGGCUGAAGCUGCUGUUGCAGAUGGAGGUUCAACUCUGCGCUCUUACACAGGGGAGCUGGUUUACUCUGUCAAUGAGAACUACAAUAAGUUGUAUGGCAGGAAAUUGGUCCCUAGCUUCACUCCACCUGCAGUAUACACAGGGGAGCUCAUUGGAGUACAGUACUUGUUGAGGCAGAAUAGUCAGCCCCUGGAGGACAUGUGCCCUACCUCUGAUAGGACCUCUCAAUUGCUGGAGGAGAUAGAUGUGGAGGAGCAAGUGGAAAAGGAUGAGGGUUUCAUUGAUUUCUUUGGAGAGGAAGCCACAGUGGCAAAUCUUGUGGCAUCAGAUGACUUAGUCCUUUCAGGUCCACCAGUUCUACCAGCUGCACCAGUUCCCAGUGUCCAGGCUCCUACAGCUGCACCACUGCCCAGUGUCAAAAUUCCACCAAUGCCCAUUGUCCAGACUCCACCACUGCCCAUGUAG